AAGGAGCGAUGGAAUUGCUGAAGCUUUCGAAGUUGAAGCUCCAACUUCAAGCCCUCGUCGCCGAAGUUCGAGAUCUCAGGGACAGGGAACGCUCCGCCACCGAGCAGCACCACCUUCUUCUCCAGAAGCUGAAGCAUAACGAGGAAGAGUGUGGCAGAAAGAUACAGGAACUGCAGGGCGAGUUGGCUUCUGUCAGAGAGGAGCGUCAGAAACUGGAGAGAAAGGUGAAUUAUCUAGAGAACGAUAAUGUGCUGCUUGAGAACAAGCAGAAAGAGUUGAAGGGAACGAUGAAUAAUUUGCUUCAGUCUAGGGAAAGCUUCGUGCAUGCUUACGAGGAAUCUACUUCUAAGAUGAAACGUUCAAUUGAAGCCAAAGAUAGGAUGCUCAAUGUCCUUUCAGAGAAGAUAAGUUCUUGUCUGGCAUUAUUUGAUUCAAUAGCAAAGGAGGUAUUUUGUAUCAAGCAAGUUCUGGAUAAAGUCCAGAACAUUGUCAAUGAUAGAGAGGAAGUUGUGACCAAAUUGAAAAAGAAAAUGGACUGGGUCUCUGCAUUUGAAAAAACAUUUGUCGAAAAUAUCUCUGAUCUAAGAAAUAAAGUGGAAAACAACGAGGCUGAAUUAAGAAGAAAGGACAGAAUCAUCUCAGAGCUUGUAGCAAAGCUGGACGUGGCAAAAGUUGGCAACCAUAACCAAGCUCAAAUGGAAGAUGUUCAGAAAACAUUAUAUCUAAAGGAUACAGAGAUACAAAAUUUAGUUUCUGACAAAGAGGUUUUACAUUAUGAAGUUGGAAGCUUAAGACUCAUCUUACAGAGGAUUCAGGAUACUGUUACAAAUAUGAAUGAAGAGGACAAAAGGUUAUUUUCAUCAAUCUUGCAACAAAAAGAGGAAAUUGCAAUGGAUAUGAAGAUUGUAGAUAACAUGAAAUGAGCACAAUCGCUAUUUUGAAGCAAGUGUGGUAUGCAUUGGUUUUAUUGUGUUGCGUAAAUGUUUUGGGCUGACGAUGCCUUGAGACCAAAUGAGCAACAGAAGGAUUCACUACCCAACUACGUCUCUGAUAUCUGGUAAAUUGGAAUGAGUUUCUUUUUUCUCCUACAGGGUUUGUGAAUUAAUGGAAAAUUUAAAGAUGUGCUCAUAAUUAAUUUAAGUUUUUGAGCCCUUCAAGUUGUUAUUCAACCCCUUCUAAUGUGUGACCAUAUUCUUUGGUGUAUUGGAUAAUUAUGCAAGAAGUGUUGGUGUUCAGCAGUGAAAAUAGGUGAUUUACCGAA